AUGUCUGAAGAAAAGGGAAAAGAACUUGGCACCAUCGUAUCUGUACAUGAUAUGGAAAGCCAAGAACGUGGCGGCGUUCUCGCUGUGAUCAUGUCACCAUCUGGAAAACCUGUUGAGAUCACCGGUGAUGUUGAUGAGGCCAUGAAACUUGCGAUACAUAACAAGGAAUAUGCCGCACUUGAUGAUGUUACUUCCAAGAGAAUAUUGAAGAAAAUCGACAUGUAUAUGCUCCCGGUGAUGUGUAUGCUUUAUUGUUUCCAAUUUAUGGAUAAGCUUUCAAACUCAUAUGCCUCUGUAUUGGGCCUUAGAACAGACUUGGGAAUGAUAGGUGAUAUGUACUCUUGGACAGGUACUGCCUUUUACUUGGGCUAUCUCGCUUUUGAGUUCCCAGCUUCAUACCUUUUGCAAAGAUUUCCAGUGGCUAAAACAGUUGCCUGCUUCAUUUUGGUUUGGGGUAUUAUCUUAUGUUUACAUUCAGUUCCACAAUAUGCUGGCUUUAUUGCUUUGAGAACUAUCUUAGGAAUGCUUGAAUCAGCCGUCACUCCUGCUUUCACAAUUAUAACCUCCCAAUGGUACACCCAGGAGGAGCAAUUUUUAAGAGUUGCAAUUUGGUUUGCUUUCAAUGGUUUAGGUAACAUUCUUGGGGGUUCCAUUUCUUAUGGAUUGGCUGUUCAUGCUGAUAGUUACUCAAUUGAAGCUUGGAAGUUAGUCUUCAUCAUCACCGGUUGUUUGACCAUAUUCUUAUCUUUCAUAAUUUUCUUUCAUUUACCAGACUCCCCUUCUCUGGCUUGGUUUUUAUCUGAAGAAGAGAAGUAUUUAGUGGUUGAAAGAAUUAGAAAGAACCAACAAGGGUUUGGUAACAAGCACUUCAAGAAGCAUCAAUUUAUUGAAGCAAUGAAAGAUUAUAAGACUUGGUUAUUAUUCUUCUUUGCAAUUGCAAACAAUAUUCCAAAUGGUGGUAUCACUAAUUUCGGGUCUAUCUUAUUGACUACUGACCUUGGAUACAGCGCAAAAGAAGCUUUACUUAUGCAAAUGCCUGGUGGAGCUGUUGAAAUUGUUGGUUGUAUUGGGAUGGCCUACUUUGCCAAAUAUUUCAAGUCUAGAAUGAUAAUGGCAAUGAUUGCAACUUUAGUCAUCAUUAUGGCUGAAUGUUUCUUGGCAUUUGGUAAACUGACCAAGCUUCAGAUGGCAGGUUAUGCUUUAACUAACGUUUUACCCGUUGGUUUAAUCUGUAUGUUAUCGGUUGUCGCAUCAAAUGUGGCAGGACACACCAAGAAGGUUACUACCAACGCUAUUUUACUUAUCGGAUACUGUGUAGGUAACUUGGUAGGUCCACAGACCUUCAUAGAUGCGCAAGCACCAAAAUAUCAAGGCGCUAAAGUUGCCAUGCUUAUUUGCAGUUGUAUUCAACUUUGUAUGAUUGGAGGUAUAUAUGUUAGUUACAAGUGGGAAAAUAGCAAGAGAGACAAGUUAGACAUGAGUGCAUUUGACGAUUUCGAAAACUCCGAAUUCGCUGAUUUAACUGAUGGGCAGAAUCCUAGAUUCAGAUAUGCUCUUUGA